AUGCAGCUCAAGAUCGCCUCAAUCAUCUUGGCCUCCGCCGCCGUUGCGUUUGCCGUCCCCAACCCGCAGGCAGAUACGACUAUCACCACCAACACCGCCCUCGAGACCCUCCGCACGUUCACCAUGACGCGCGUCAGGAACACCGUCCUUCAACACGCGCCCUACCUGACGCAGACGACGGAGAUCAUCACCUACACUCAGUCCGCGCCGAUCCCAACCAGCACGUCCGCUUAG